AUGAAGUCCUUCCAUCGCUUGGCCUGUCGCAAGGUCUUGAACGGUUUCCCGGUGUCUCGUGCUCUUCCUUUCCAGACUCCUACGGCAACUCGGCUAUGGCAGAGAUCAUACAGCACUGCUGCUUCUCAACUGGCUGCCCUUGAUGCCUCGAAGCUCUCUGUGACCAAAACCAGCACCCCCAAGGAAAUCACCUCUCCGAAGGAUUUGGUGUUCGGGAAGACCUUCACUGAUCAUAUGCUUUCCAUUGAAUGGAACGCUGAAUCGGGUUGGGAUACGCCCCGUAUCGUUCCGUACCAGAACCUCAGCCUCGACCCAUCGGCCUGUGUCCUCCAUUAUGCAUUCGAAUGCUUCGAAGGAAUGAAAGCCUACAAGGACAGCAAUGGUGAGAUUCGGUUGUUCCGUCCGAACAAAAACAUGGAGCGUUUAAACAAGUCCUCGUCGCGGAUUGCUCUGCCGACUGUUGACGGUGAAGCUCUCACCAAGUUGAUCGGGGAAUUUGUGAAAUUAGACAGCCGCUUUAUUCCCAACUCCCGCGGAUAUUCGUUGUACCUUCGUCCCACGAUGAUCGGCACGCAAAACACUCUUGGUGUUGGGCCCCCGGGCUCUGCACUUCUAUUUGUGAUCGCUAGUCCUGUUGGACCGUACUACGCCACGGGCUUCAAGGCCAUCUCUCUGGAAGCAACCGACUAUGCAGUGCGCGCAUGGCCCGGUGGUGUUGGUGAUAAGAAGCUGGGUGCCAACUAUGCACCAUGUGUGGUGCCACAACUGAACGCAGCGUCACGCGGGUUCCAGCAGAACCUAUGGCUUUUUGGAGAGGAGGAGUACGUGACCGAAGUGGGAACCAUGAACCUUUUCAUGGUCUUAAAGGACAAAGAGACGGGCCAGAAGGAGCUGGUGACGGCACCUCUGGAUGGAACGAUUCUCGAAGGAGUUACCCGCGACUCUGUUCUGGGUCUGGCGCGUGAACGUUUGACUCCUAAGGGGUGGAAGGUGUCUGAGCGCAAGAUUAAGAUGUCCGAGCUUGCGGAGGCAUCGUCCGAAGGAAGGUUAUUGGAAGUGUUUGGAUCGGGAACAGCAGCGAUCGUUAGCCCGGUGCGGUCGAUCAGCUACCGGGGCCAACUGGUGGACUGUGGGUUGAAGACAGAGGAGGAGGCUGGAGAGAUUGCGCUCAACAUGAAGAACUGGAUUGAAGGGAUCCAGUAUGGCGAUGAGGCGCAUCCUUGGAGUUAUGUUCUGUAG